AUGACGUACAACAUGGAUGAAUUAAAGAAGCGUUCCGCCGUAGCGAGUACUUCACACAACAUAAGCAACAAGCAGCAACCCGCGCCCAAACAUGAAAAAGUGCCGGAAACAUCGAAAACCAUCACGGACAUCACCCGUACCCAUCGAACAGCGUACGUUAUCUUCUUUUCGCUGUUGCUGGAUCUCCUUGCGUUCACGAUGAUACUGCCGUUGCUUCCGUCCCUGCUCGAGUACUACCGGAAGAAUGACAACCAGCUGUACGGAUAUCUGGCAAACAGUAUUAAACAGUUCCAGGUGUGGAUCGGUGCCCCGGAACGUUUUACCAGUGUCCUAUUCGGUGGUGCGCUCGGUUCCAUGUUUAGCUUCCUGCAGUUCCUGAGCAGUCCGAUCGUCGGAGCGCUGUCAGAUUAUUACGGCCGUAAACCGCUCAUGUUGCUGUGCGCGACCGGCAUUGCUGCUUCGUACGGAAUUUGGGCGUACUCGGAAUCGUUCCUGCUGUUUGUGAUCGCUCGUUUUGUCGGUGGCAUUAGCAAGGGCAAUGUUUCGCUCUGUAUGGCCGUGAUCACGGAUGUUUCGAACCAGCAGAACCGUGGCAAAGCGAUGGCCCUUGUAGGAAUUGCAUUUUCGCUCGGUUUCAUUGCGGGUCCAAUGAUCGGUGCAAUGUUUUCACGGUUUUCGGACAAAACCGGUACGCUGUGGUUUUUCGCACCGGCUAUGUUUGCGAUGCUGCUAGCCGUGGCAGACAUUCUUUUUCUAACGAUGUGUCUGAAGGAAACGCUACCAAAAGAGAAACGGUCGAACCGUAUCAUCAACUCGUUGUCGCAUGCUAUCGACCAUAUCAGUAUUAGAGCAUUGUUUCGCUUUUCCGCGGUGGAAAAUCUGUCCCAGAAGGAUGUGCGCUCUCUACGCAGCUUGGGCGUAACGUACUUUUUGUACCUUUUUCUAUACUCCGGGCUAGAGUUUACGGUGACAUUUUUAAUGUACCACAAGUUCGGCUACACGUCAAUUGACCAAGCGAAAGUGUUCCUUACUACAGGUGUACUAAUGGCGCUGCUGCAGGGUUCGGUUGUGCGCCGGCUUCCUGAUCGUUUGGUAAAAGCUUCCGCAGUAUUUGGACUGUAUUUAAUUAUUCCAGCCUUCAUCAUCGUCGGUUUGGCGGAGUCUUCCCCUAUGCUUUACCUGGGCAUGAUUUUAUUUGCCAUCUCCACCGCCUUCGUGGUAACGUGCAUGACCACAAUCACAUCAAAGUAUGGCGACUUCCACCAGAAAGGUACCGUGCUGGGAGUGUUUAGAUCGCUGGGUGCGCUUGCACGAGCGGUCGGACCGAUCGUAGCGUCCGUCGCAUUCUGGGGUGUCGGUGCUCGGUUAACUUACAUCGCCGGUGGUUUGCUGCUACUGUGGCCCGCCCUCAUGCUGCAGUACUUAAAGCUGUGA